AGUCAUUCAGUAGUUUGCCAACAGCGACGUAAAGUAAACCAGAGGAGGAUUCUACACGAAGAAGAAUAAAGGAGGAGGAAAGAGAAGAAAAUGAACUCAUUAGAGCAGGCCGAAGACCUAAAGGCCUUUGAAAGAAGACUGACAGAAUAUGUCUCCUGUUUGCAACCAGCUACAGGCAGGUGGAGAAUGAUUCUGAUAGUGGUAUCAGUCUGUACGGCAACUGGGGCUUGGAACUGGUUAAUAGAUCCAGACACACAGAAGGUCUCUUUCCUAUCGUCACUUUGGAACCAUCCAUUCUUUACCAUCAGCUGCAUCACCUUAAUAGCUCUGUUUUUUGCUGGAAUCCACAAACGAGUCGUGGCUCCAUCAAUAAUCGCUGCUCGCUGUCGCACGGUUUUAGCAGAAUACAACAUGUCCUGUGAUGAUACUGGAAAACUCAUUCUCAAACCACGACCCAGCAUCCAGUAACUACAUACAAUGACUUAAAGUAUGAUCACAAACUCUGAAUCUUUCAACUUUUCCGGGCAGCGCUGAGGUGGAAUUUGUCAACACAAAGCAAAGACUGAACUGGAGUUUUUAAAAAUUGUGUUUCAGUGUGGAAUUGAAGCUGCUGACAUGCUCACAAAAUCUUCAACUGUAUUUUAGUCAUUCAGUGUGAGUGCAGAUGUGUUUAUUCAGAUUUCUGUUAUGUGUUUUAUCUGAGUAUUUGUAUUUUAAAACUUAUUUGCUUAAUAAAUGCACAAUGUGUGAA